GCCUGCCGGUGCCGGGGACUGGUGGUAAGAAUCCGCUGCAGCGCGUCAGGAGGACCGGACCGCGAACCCGGAGACGGUACAUACUGAGGCGAAAGGAGACGCAGGAUGGAGCGGAUGUCCGACGACGCGCUGAGGCUCAAUCUGCUGAAGCGAGGGUUAGAGUCCCCCAGUGAGCGGGAGGAGGCGCUGUCCAAGCGUCUGAAGAUGGAGGGCCACGAGGCCAUGGAGCGCCUCAAGAUGCUGGCGCUGCUCAAACGCAAAGACUUGGCCGACCUGGCAGCCCUCGAGGUCCCCGGGACGCUGGGAGAUGGGAAGGGCCCCGGAGCCAGCUCCCUCCACCACCAGAGCCUGAUGGGGGCCGCCUAUGAGGAGAAGCUGAACGGAAGUCUUCGGCUUGGAGGCCACAGCGGCCACGUUGGACAAAGUAAGAACGGGAAGGAGAACAUCAUGGACGAACCGGUGGACAUGAGCGCCGGCAGAAGAUGUGAGGCUGAGCGAGCCAGACAAACCCCGUCUCCAGAUAUCAUCAUCCUGUCAGACAACGAAGCAUCCAGCCCCAGAACAACACCUCGACCCGAUGAGCGUGUGCAGCAGGCCAACCUGGACAUGUUCAAGGGGAAGACGGGCGAGGAGAGGCAGCAGAUGAUCAAAGCUCUGAGAGAAGAGCUGCGUCUGGAGGAGGCUCGCCUUGUGCUGCUCAAGAAGCUCCGGCAGAGUCAGAUGCAGAAGGAGAACAUGGUGCAGAAGGCCAGCCAGCAGGUGGCAGCCUCUCAGCGCUCAGGCUCCAGUGCCAUGUACAUGAACCUGGCCCACAUGCAGGCGGCGGCAGUGGGGGCCGGCGGGGUGGCGGGCGGUCUCAGCGGAGCUUCGUCCGUCAGCCCGUCCACCUUGUCGGGCUCGGCCGGCGGAGCUGUGGGCUCCAUGGCCGACCAGGCCAGCAGCCAGGCGGCUGCCAAGCUGGCCCUGCGGAAGCAGCUGGAGAAGACCCUCCUGGAGAUCCCUCCCCCCAAACCCCCGGCUCCGCUCCUUCACUUCCUCCCGUCUGCCGCCAACAGCGAGUUCAUCUACAUGGUGGGGCUGGAGGAGGUGGUGCAGAGUGUGCUGGACAGUCAGGGUAAACUCAGGGGGACUUUGUCCCGCAUGGAGCCCUUCUUCUGUGCCCAGUGCCAAACUGACUUCACCCCCCACUGGAAACAAGAGAAGAGUGGGCGAAUCCUCUGCGAGCAGUGCAUGACGUCCAACCAGAAGAAGGCUCUGAAGGCCGAGCACACCAACAGGCUGAAGAACGCCUUCGUGAAGGCUCUGCAGCAGGAGCAGGAGAUUGAACAGAGGCUGCAGCAGCAGGCAGCCCUCUCUCCCAGCUCAGCCCCAACCGGCUCAAACGUCUCCAAGACCGACUCCAUGAUCCGACAGCACGCCCUGCGCCAGACUCCCCAGCCUCAAGCUUCUCUCCAGCGAGGUCUGUCCAACUCUGCCCGGGGAGUCCUGUCCAACUUCGCCCAGGCCUCCCAGCUGUCUGUGGCCAGCAGCCUGAUGGGGAUGAGCGGUGCCAAGCACUGCGGCAGCGGAGGAGGCAACCGACUGCAGCACGACAGCCGCCGUCAGAUCUACAACAUCCCAGGGUUAAAUAUUGCCUACCUGAAUCCUGCAGCGGUCGGAGCCCAUAAGACCUCCAGCUUAGCGGACCGGCAGAGGGAGUACCUGUUGGACAUGAUCCCACCUCGAUCCAUAUCGCAGUCCAUCACUGGACAGAAAUGAGCCGCGCUGAUCCUUCCUGCGUGUCAGAGGUUCACCUACUGACCCCGUUCUGAUGCACUCCCAAAUCAGACGAUGCUCCAUCCCAUAAUUCAUCGCAUGCAGUGCCUGUCCGUGUGCCUACCUGGAACCAACCCAUAAGAACCCACCAAGCUGGACAAGACACGACCCGUCUGUGCAUCUCAGUUCUUCUUACCGUGGAAAGUCUGAUUGCUUUUAUAAUCCCAGGUGGCAGCGUUAUUAUACCUGCAGCCACCGUUUGAGUUCUAAUUAGUGCUAUUCAUUUUGCUUUUCUCUUUUUUUAAGUGUUUUUAAUGUUUCUAUUCCUCCAUCAAUUCUAAAUUUCAAGUAGAGACCUGAAAUCAUUGUAGGGUUGCUGACAUCGUUUUCCUCUACUUGAGUCCAAAGUUUAGUUAUGGCAACAUAAAAAGAUCAACAGGGUGCACUCUGGUUGCUAUGCAACAAAAACUAACAACUAUGAACUUUGUAAAAGUUUGCUAACAUGGAUUUGAUAAAGAAAAAGGUGCCGAACAAUCGUGCACUGAGCUCGCUCUUGAAAAGAGCAGUGAGCCUACGUGAGAGCGUGGAUCAUCUCAGCGGAGGCUCCGCCCACUGACGCACAUCCAAACCCUGGUGUGUUCGCUCUGCCGCCAUCAGGACUCGUGAACUGGAACUGACUGUACAGAAGAGAACCGCAUGAACCCGGAGCUUGGGAAACGUUCUCCCCGCUGUCCUUCAUCGAGACGUUUGCAUUUCAUCCGAGUUACAGAUCCGUUACCUGGAGACGUCCGUCAGCGGGAACAGAGGAGCUGGCGAACCGCCAGACUUGGUCUGGAGACGUCCGUGGCGUCCAGGUGGAGGACGGCUCCCCUCGUCCCUCCUGACGUCAGCUCUCACUGAAGAUUGUACUGAACACAAGGUCCGGAUCGCAGAUCCUGCACCUAAAAACCUGAGCUUUCAGCUCGUCUUCUGGUUUUUGGGCUGUUCGGUUCCCUCACAUCUUUUCUGCUUAUUUCAUUAAAAUUUUAUUUUGAGCGGCGUCUCCUAACGAGUUGGUGGCACACCUGAGAGGUAUCAGCCCCCGGAGACGAUAAUAAUCAACGCAAACAGAAACUAUCAGAUAUCUCUAUGGACUGUGUAUAAAACCCUAGCUGCAGAGAAUAAAGGAGUCUGGAUGUUUUACAGGAGAGACACGGAUCAAUCAUUGUGUGCACGCUCUGCGCACAAGUUGCCUCACUCCAGAGGAGCACUUUUCAUAUUUCCGAUUGGAAAUUUUUGUUUGUUUGUUUUUGUUUUUGGUAAAUAAAAAAAAGAAAAAAAAAGAAAGAAAACAAAUGGAAUAGAAAGUUACUGAGGUCUGGAUGUCAGCUGCUGGCCCAGCAGUGAAACGUCCUCCCUGUUGGACAACGGUCCCUACGUCCACAUUGUUGACCUUUGUCCUCGUUUGGACCCUUUGUGCCCGGCGUGGUGAGGUCCAUCCAGCUCGUGUGUACAGUAGAUGCUGCUGGAGAGCGGCUCGCAUUACCUCAUCAAGGGGAGAGUACAACAGGAAUACGUCACGCUGUACUUUCUUUUUCGUUGGUAGACAAUCUCCACACCUUUCUGGCACCUGGGGCACUAAGUGAGCAGGACACGGUGAAAUGAUGCAACCCAAACCAGCACGUCCGCAGAGAGUUCGGCUUCAACCUUCACUUUCUUUACACAUGCUGCUUUGCUCACAAAGUGACGGCAAAACCGCUUUAGGCUUGAAUUUUCUCGUAGAGGAUUUUAUUUUGAAGAAACGUUGGAUCAGGAGUUGAGGCUUUGCGUGGUUUCCGCGCCCGCCUGCACAGAACCGAUGGAACCCAUCUGAUGCAAGGUCCCAGUGGUUCACGCCCCAAAGCACUUGGUCCAUCUUAUACUGGUGGUCUAUCCUUUUCUAGACCAACCCAGGAGGUGGUGAUGGCCUAAUGAUAAACUCGGCUC